CCGGGUCUCCCCCGCUCGCCGCCAGCCGAGCCGGGGGGCCGCGGGGCUUUAACCGUGUGCGGGGCGGAUUCGCCACUUUUUCCGGGGGAGGCCCGCGGUUAAAAGUUUUCUGCGGAGGUCACUAUCACAUGACAAAGACUUUGAGACAGCUUCAUCUUCGUCGGUCUGUAAUUUCCUUUUGCCUUUCUGGGUCACAGUAAUGAAAGGCAGUAGUAGGAAUAAGGAUCACUCAACAGAAGGUGAAGGAACUGGGAAGAGACCAAAAAGGAAGUGUCUUCAGUGGCAUCCCCUGCUGGCCAAGAAACUCCUUGACUUCUCUGAAGAGGAAGAAGAGGAAGAAGAAGAGGAAGAUAUUGAUAAGGUGCCGCUCCUUGGCCCUGAUGGUUUAGAGCAGGAUGCUGAUGAGACUGAAGAUGACGAGUCCUCAGAGCAGCGAGCUCGCCGACCAAUGAAUGCGUUUCUCUUGUUCUGCAAACGGCACCGCUCUCUUGUGCGGAAAGAGCACCCUCGCCUCGAUAAUCGUGGCGCAACCAAGAUCUUGGCAGAUUGGUGGUCUGUUCUAGAUCCAAAAGAAAAACAGAAAUACACUGACAUGGCCAAGGAGUACAAGGAUGCAUUUAUGAAAGCAAACCCAGGGUACAAGUGGUGCCCCACAACCAACAAACCUGUGAAAACCCAGGCAUCCAGUGUUACAAACAGGAAAAAGCUAUGGGCCAUUGCAUCAGACUCUGCAAAAGACUUACCGAGCCCAAGGAAAGUUACCAAAAGUGAAGAAAUGCCACAACUUAACUUUGGGAUGGCAGAUCCUACACAAAUGGGAGGCCUGAGUAUGCUGCUUCUAGCAGGGGAACAUGCACUUACUGCACAAGAGGUUUCCUCCAGUACUUGCCAGUCUGAUACAUCUAAUUCUACAGAUGCCUGUCAGAAGUCAUCAUUGUUUCAGUUUGCAGAGAUCUCUUCCAACACGUCACAGCCUGGAGUCCUGGGGGCAGUAAAACAAACGGAGGAGUCUGCAUUGUUUCAGUUUGCUGAGAUCUCAUCAAACACUUCCCAGUUGCCAAGUCCUGAGCCAGUAAAGCACUGUGGGAAGUCGGCACUCUUCCAGUUGGCAGAGAUUUCUUCAAGUACAUCCCAUUCAGGGCCUUCUGAUUUAACGAAACAGUGUGGAACAUCAGCAUUAUUUCAGCUGGCAGAGAUGUGCCUUGCUUCAGAAGGAGUAAAAGUGAAAGAACCUGGGAAAACAAAAGUGGAAGCACUGGAAGAUGAGGAAGGGGAAGUUUCAGAGGACAUGGAAGUAGAACUGGAGAAAACAACAGUAAAAGACUCCAGUAAUAGAAAAGUAGAACAAUCAGAGAUAGAAAAAUUGCAGAACCCAGAUCAAACAAAAGCUGAGGAAUCAGAAACUGCAAAAUGCAGAGAUUUUACUAGUCUUGCAAUGGAAAACAGUCCUUAUGAGAGAAAGGAUAACACAAAGGAUCACAUGUGCCGUUCUCCAGAGCUUUUCAUGAGUGACAUGGCUAUCCUUGGGCUAAAGCCAGAAAAGAUAAAGAAGAAAAAGAAAAAAAAUAAGUUGGACCGGCACACAAAUGAAAAAUGCACCCCCAAAAAGUCUUGUAAAAAGAGGCAGUCCUCCGAGUCGGACAUUGAAAGUGUCAUGUACACAAUUGAAGCCGUGGCCAAGGGGGACUGGGGUGCUGAGAGACUUGUGGAUACUCCCCGCAAAAAAAACCGCCCUGUCUCAAAUGUGAAGGGAAGCAUGUUGGAUACAAAAUCACCAAAGAAAAAAGUGAAAUCAAAAGAAAAGAAAACAUCAAAGGAGAAACCAAUGGAGACCACCAAAGAAUCCAAGCCUCCCGAUUUCCUUAGUAUUGAAGCCAGCAAGGAAGUACCGUGUGAGGCUCCUGAUAACAUUAAAGUGGAACCACUGACUCCAACAGAGGAGGUGGUACCCCAAAGCUUACCUGAACAGAUCAAAACUGAGGACAGUGACUGUGUUAAAAAGAUAGAAACCUGUGGCUCCAGGAAAUCGGAGAGAUCUUGCAAAGGUGCUCUUUAUAAAACUCUGGUGUCGGAGGGCAUGCUCACAUCUCUGCGCGCUAAUGUGGACAGAGGAAAAAGAAGCUCAGGAAAAGGUAACUCCUCAGAUCAUGAAGGAUGCUGGAAUGAAGAAAUCUGGGCCUUUUCCCCAAGUGGGACAAGUGGGAACAAAAAACUGAAAAAGACUAAGCCAAAGGAAGAGUUUGUUUUUGGCUUAGCAAAAUUGGAAGAAGAAUUUGCAAAGAAAUUCAACAGCCUUCCUCAAUACAGUCCUAUUACCUUUGACAGGAAAAAUUCAUCUGUUUCGAGGAAAAAGCGAAAGAUUGGAAGCGGCUCAUGUGAACUACCAAAAUCCAACAAAGCCAUACUAUUAGAAGACAGAAAUUCCGGUGAGAGUGCCUGGAAGAAUAAAAUUUCUAUAUCUGCCCUAAACACUCCAGAGCCAGCAAUGAUGCAUGAGCCUUUAGUUGGCAGCCAGAAAAGGAAAGCAAGGAAAACUAAGAUCACACAUCUUGUCCGAACAGCAGAUGGGCGAGUGUCACCAGCAGCAGGGACACUGGAGGAGAAGCCAAAAGAGCUGCCACAAAGUAGUCUUCAAAAAUCAUCAAGUGCAGAAGCAGACUGCAACAGUGAAUGCUCCAGAAACACAGAGACAGAAGAAAAUCAUAGUAUUACGUCAGAUAUGCCAGCGGUGUCUGCAUUCUUUAGCUUAGCUGCUCUGGCAGAAGUAGCAGCCAUGGAAAAUGUACACAGAAGUCAGAGGGCCACACCCCUCCCACAUGAUGGACAGCCAAAUGAAAUGUCUCAGGCUCCAGUGCUUAUUUCCUGCGCUGACCAGUGAAGCUCCACUUUAUUGCAUAAAGCUCAGCUUCCAGCUUUUGUGUGCACCCCUCUUCUUGUGGUACUUCCCUGCCUGCUGCCAGUGGGUACCUGGAUGAGACAAAGGAGGAUACCUGCUGCUUGGAUAGCUAAGAUUGCUUCUGAGUUCGCUUGAAAUCCCAGUCAGGAACUUUCUGUCUUCACUGUUUUGUAAUCAAGGAUGCAGAGGGCCCAGUUCAUCCAGGAUGUGUUUGCUGGGCUGAGUGCUCGUGCUGUGUGUGCUCUGGGGUACAGACCAUCCUUCCUUCCCUCACACUGCAAAGCAUCCUGCUCCAUCACGGCAUCCUUCUUUCAAAUACAUAUUUUUAAGCUCCCCUAUCAAAAUGUCAGAAUUAUUAGGGGAAACUAUGUGUUUAUUGCCACACUUUCUUUGAUAUAUCUCUUGUGCUGUAUCAAAGAUGGCUUCUGUUGACUGUGUGCUUUUGUCCAGAUGUUGGAGUUUGCUCUGGAGUUGUUUCUGCCUGGCUGGGGGGCCCAGGGGGACAGAGUGGUCACUUGUGCAGGUGGGACCGUGCUGAGUCACACGGGCAGGGUCCUGGUUUGGCAGGAAAUGCAGCAGGCUGUGGGGGAGACCCUCAGCCCUGGUGUGGUACCUGAGGCAGAACAACUGCACGUCAGGGUGUGGUCACUGAUUUGGGAAGAGGCUUCUAGAAACUCUCAGGCAGGGAGUGUGUUAAGUGACAUCUGUGUCAUGAACAAGAGUGAUGUGGCAUCUUGUGUGAGCAGUGAGGGUUGGGCUGAGAGCAAAGUGAUACCACUGAGAAGAGGGGCCUCACCUCCCCAUCCCUGUUUUUAGGAGAAAUCCAUUGGAAGGGGCACUGCCUCUCUGCAUGUGCGUGCUCCCACUUUGCCUUUGCGAGUGGCCCCCAAGACACAGACAGGGAGCAGAUUGGAAGAGGGUGGCACAAAAGGGACUCUAGGCCUUACUGGGCCUUUAUGGUGCUCCCUGCAAAUGUCUCUCCUUUCCUCCUCCCCUGCUGGCACUUUGGGCUCGGCUCUUGGGCAGCAGCAGCACACAGCGCUCUGCUCCCUGCCUGCUGUGGGGAGCACGAGGCUGACGUGGCCCAGUUGGAGAUUUGACCAAAACUUGUUAAAAGUAUUUCCUCAAAUGGUCAGUUUUAAUUUUAAUAAGUCAUAUUUAGCCUUAAGGGCACUGGCUGUGUGAAAGGGAAAGGGUUAUGUCCUGGAAGCAAAGUCGGAUGAAUGGGUGCCGUGUGAAGGGCUGCUGAGAGCUUGGUGUGGGCUGAGAGGCAUCACAUCUUCCUCAAGAGAGAGGAGCCCUUGCCGUGUGGUUGAAAAGCAUGGAGGGAUUGACAGGGGAAGCACUUUGACUGAGAAAUGUUCUUUUAGAUUAAACAACAAAUUUCUGCAUGCACAUACAGACUAGAUCUUCGUAACGUGGCAGGCUUUGACAGUGUACUGCAGCAUUAUUGCUAUUUAUAAUCAACAAUUACUAACACUAUAACCCAGUAAAUUUAGUGGUAGCAAUUACAGCAACAUAAAUAGCAAUCCAGAUGACUAAAGGCAUUGCUGUCAAUGCAGGUGGCAGCUAUAACAUUAGGCAAAGAAGUCGGAGGGAAGAUAUCAGGACUCGAUAUGUGAGCUUGGGUCUGCUAGUCUUUUAUAUACCAUUUUUAAUAUACUUCCUGAAAUGAAGCUUCAGAAAGGUACACUGCCUCUUUAAAAUUAGUCUAGGAACUACAGGUAGUUCACAUUAUUUUUAAAAUAAUAAAUCUCUAUAUAUAUAUCUAUAUUAAAAUAUAUAUGUAUACAUAAGUUUGCUAGCCUACCUUGUGGAAAGGCUGCAGCUAAACUAAGUCUGAGCUAAUAUUGUAUUACCAUGGUCCUCUGGUUUGUAGAUAGCCCUUCCUUAUUAGAUGAGGUUCUGUUCUUGCUCCACAGAAGGUGCCUGUGUAUAUAACUCCUUUGUAUUGCUUUCUGCAGAGUCCCUUAUAUAUUUCUUACUACUAAUGCUGUGUAGAAAAGGAAAUCCAGAGAUUUUACUACUGAUAAUUAACCAUUAAUGGCCAUUAGCAAAAUAAAGAUUUAGUUGUUUGAGAAACAGAUUAUUUAUAUUGUGUAUGGUUUAUUGCCUGAUAACUUGUUUGGUGACUGGAUAUUCUUUUCCUUCUCCUGGUCCUUUUCUGCUUUUUCCAGCUAUGGUGUUUACUCCUCACUUUGAUUAUCUAGCAGGCAAUAAAGUAUAUUGUAUGUUUUGAA